AUGAAUCGGGUUAAAUGCAAUUACUGUGGGAAAGAAAUGAGUGGCUUCAAGCGUCUGAAAUUUCACUUGGCUGGUAUACGCGGAUAUGUAACUCCCUGUGAACAAGUCACUGAUACUGUUAGAGAGACGUUUCAUAAGAUGAUUGAAACAUCUGGUCAAAAGCGUGGUAGAAGCCAAGAUUCAUCCAGCCAAAGUGUUUCUCCUGAGAACGGGGAUACAGGUGUGGCAACUGAUAAACAGGAUUUGUUGUCAAGCAAAGCCCACAAGAAGUGCAUUGGUCGGUUCUUUUAUGAGAAUUUUGUCGACUUUUCAGCUGUGGAUUCACCAAGUUUCAAAGCAAUGAUGACUGUAGGUUGUGGUGAGAUGCGGCUUAAGAUCCCUGAUCCUCGUGAUAUAAACGGAUGGAUGCUCCAAGAUGCGCUGAGGGAAGUGCAGGAUCAUGUGAAGAGGAUCAAAGACUCGUGGGCGGUCACUGGUUGCAGCAUCUUGUUGGAUGCUUGGGUUGACCAGAACGGCCGUUAUCUGGUUUCUUUCCUUGCAGACUCUCCAGCGGGUCCAGUGUAUCUGAGUUCCUUUGAUGUCUCGGAUAUUAAACAUGAUGUCACUGCCUUGAGGUCGCUAUUAGAUGGGCUAAUUGAUGAAGUCGGAGUGCACAACGUGAUUCAGAUUAUUGCAUCUUCAGCUUCUGGUUGGGUUGCUGAAUUAGGCGAGUCUUAUUCACGUACCAAGCAAGGAGUUUUCUGGUCUGUGAGUGUUUCUCACUGCUUCGAGCUUAUGCUGAUGAAGAUUGCGGAAUUACAUUCCCUUGGAGACGUACUUGACAAACUCAAGAAGGUUACAGAGUUCGUCAACAACAAUCCCUUGGUUUUGAAGCUUGACAGAGAUCACAGUCAUGGAACAGACGUCACUGUCUGCUCCUCAGAGUUUGAGUUUGUUAUGCCGUAUCUAACUCUAAAGAGUAUGUUCAAGGCGAAGAACCACUUGGCAGCCAUGUUUGCUUCAUCUGAUUGGAACGAAGAAGAAGAAGACAUAACAAUCUUCAAAUUGGUGAAAGAUUCAUCCUUUUGGGAAACUGUUGAGAGAGUUCUGAAAUGCACAUCUCCCCUCAUCAACGGUCUACUCUGGUUUUUUACUGCCAACAAUCAGCAUGUCGGAAAUAUCUAUGACACUAUGGAUGUCAUAAAGGAGAGUAUCGCCAAUGAAUUUGAUGGCGAGGAACUAUGUUACAAGCCGGUAUGGGAUGUGAUUGAUGAUGUCUGGGGCAAGCACCUUCACAUUCCUCUUCAUGCUGCCGGUUACUUUCUGAACCCGGCUGCUUUCUACUCAAGUGAUUUUUAUCUUGAUUCAGACGUUGCCACUGGUCUCAUCUCCUCUCUGGUUCUUUUGGUGAAAGAAUGUCCCAUCCAAGCUAAAAUUUCCACACAGCUUGAUAUCUACAGACUCGGUGAAGAUUGUUUUUACGAGGCCAGUCAAGCUGAUCAGAUCUCUGGAAUUUCUCCAGCUGAGUGGUGGGCUCAAAAUGCAAGUCAGCAUCCAGAACUGCAGAGUUUUUCCGUUAAGAUUCUGAGCCAAACAUGUGAAGGAGCUUCAAGGUACAAGUUGAAGAGAAGUGCUGCAGAAAAGCUGCUGCUCACUAGAGGAAUGAGCCAUGGCGAGAAACAGCAUCUGGGAGAGUUGGCGUUUGUUCAUUACAAUCUUCAUCUACAAAGCUGCAAAGCCAAACUAAGUGAAGAGACUGUGCUGCAAGAUAUCUUUGUCGGACACUUUGUAAAACCUCCUAAGGAUCUUGAGGCAAACCAAGUUUCUUCACUUCCCUCUCGCUUUCUCGGAAAAGAGAGAACAAGGGUUUCCGAUUUUCCGAGUCUCCUGGUAUCCGACUCAGCCAAUCGGAUGAAUCUUUCAAUGGACAUUCGUGAGCAUGGAAGUUGGGUGGACAAGAAGAAAGAUCGGGUUAAAUGCAACUACUGUGGGAAAGAAAUGAGAGGCUUCGAUCGUCUGAAGUUUCACUUGGCUGGUGUACGUGGUGGACAUGUAACUCCCUGUGAGCAAGUCACAGAUACUGUUAGAGAGACGUUUCGUAAGAUGGUUAUGGAGGAAACAUCUAGUGCUGCUGCUAACAACAGAGUUGACAAAGUCCAAAUGGGUAACUCUGGUUCGCUCUCUGUGUUUUCUGGAUUAGGUGAAUCUUUGACAGCCGAUACCUUCGUCAUGGACAUUUAUGAUCACGGAGUUAUUGUAAACAAGAAGAGAAGACGGGUUAAAUGCAAACACUGUGGGAAAGACAUGUUUGGCCUGCAUCGGCUGAAACGUCACUUGGGUGGUAAUGGGAAUGCAUGCGUGGAGGCUACAAAACAGGAUUUGCGGUCAAACGGAGCUAAAAAGUGGAUUGGUCGGUGCUCUAAUGAAAAUCGUUUCGACUUUUCAGCUGUUGGUUCCACAGGCUUCAGAGAAAUGAUGACUGUUAGUGGUGGUAAGAUCCCUGAUUCUUGUGAUUUAAACGGAAGGAUGCGUCAAGAAGCGUUGAAGGAAGUGCAAGAUCACGUGAGGAAGAUUAAAGACUCAUGGGCGAUCACAGGUUGUAGCAUCUUGUUGGAUGCUUGGGUUGACGAGAAAGGACGUGAUCUGGUUACUUUUGUUGCAGAUUGUCCAGCGGGUCCAGUGUAUCUGAUAUCUUUGGAUGUCUCAGAAAUAAAAAGCAAUAGCAACGCCUUGAUAUCACUAGUACAUGGGCUUAUUGAUGAAGUUGGAAUGCACAACGUGAUUCAGAUUAUUGCAUCUUCAGCUUCUGGUUGGGUUGGUGAAUUAGGCGAGUCCUUUUCACGUAGCAAGGAGGGAAUUUUCUGGUCUUUGAGUGUAUCUCGCUGCUUUGAGUAUAUGCUAUUGAAGAUUGCGGAAAUACAUUCCCUUGGAGACAUAGUUGACAAAGCCAAUAAGAUUACAGAGUUCGUCAACAAAAACUCCGUGGUUUUGAAGCUUGUCAGAGACCACAGUCAUGGAACAGACAUGACUGUCUCCUCCUCCGAGCUAAAGUUUGUUUCGCCCUAUCUAACUCUAGAGAGUAUGUUCAAGGCGAAGAACCACUUGGCAGACAUGUUUGCUUCAUCUGAUUGGAACAAAGAAGAAGACAUAACAAUAUCCGAAUUGGUGAAUGAUUCCUCCUUUUGGGAAAUUGUUGACAGAGUUCUGAAAUCCACAUCUCCCCUGAUUCACGGUCUACUCUGGUUUUGUACUGCCAACAAUCAGCAUGUUGGAAAUAUCUAUGAAACUAUGGAUGUCAUAAAGGAGAAUAUAGCCAAGAAAUUUAAUCACGAGGAACUAUGUUACAAGCCGGUAUGGGAUGUGAUUGAUGAUGUCUGGAAUAACUACCUUCACAGUCCUCUUCAUGCUGCCGGUUACUUUCUGAACCCGACUGUGUUCUACUCAACUGAUUUCCAUCUUGAUCAAGAAGUUGCCACGGGUCUUAUCUCCUCUCUGGUCCAUAUUGUAAAAGAAUGUGACAUUCAAGUUAGAGUUGCCACGCAGCUUGAUAUGUACAGACUUGGUGAAGAUUGCUUUAACGAGGCCAGUCAAGCUGAUCAGAUCACUGGAAUCGCACCAGCUGAGUGGUGGGCUCAGAAGGCGAGCAAGCACCAAGAGCUGCCGAGUUUUGCCAUUAAGGUUUUGAGCCAGACAUGUGAAGGUGCUUCAAGGUACAAGCUGGAGAGAAGCGUAGCAGAGAAGCUGCUGCUCACGGAAGGAAUGAGCCAUGGUGAGAAACAGCAUUUGGAAGAGUUGGCGUUUGUUCAUUACAAUCUUCAUCUACAAAGCUGCAAAGCCAAACUAAGUGAAGAGCAGUGAAGAGAUUGUGCUGCAAGAUGCCUUUAUAUAUUAACUGAUCCGUUCAGCAUUUUUUAGCCAAAUGUGCAGUUUUGAGCUUUGUAAUGUGUAUAUUCAACAAAAUUCAUCUUUUGAAUCAAUGCCGGAGAAUGAACCGAGCAGAUAUGUGCAUUAUAUCGAUCGAUCACGCAGAAAAAUG